GGAUUUCACUUGCAGUUUGGUUUGGCUUUUACACAUUCGCUGAAACUCCGAUAUCGUCUCGGAGUGUUUUCGUGCGUUUUUAUAAGACGUUCAGGCACAGCAGAGCCACACUUUCAUUUCUUUUCGACGAAGAUGGCGGGCGACGAGUCUGGAGUAACGCUGGGUCAGCCUCACCUGGCCAAACAAGACCUCAGUACGCUGGAUGAAAGCUCACUGACUCCACUCUCAACAGAGAUCAUCAGCAGACAAGCCACGAUUAACAUAGGAACAAUAGGCCACGUCGCCCAUGGAAAGUCGACGGUGGUGAAAGCGAUUUCUGGUGUUCACACUGUACGAUUCAAAAAUGAGCUGGAGAGAAACAUUACGAUCAAGUUGGGCUAUGCCAAUGCGAAGGUGUAUAAACUUGAUGACCCUAGCUGCCCACGGCCGGAAUGCUACAGGUCGUGUGGCAGUAGCACGCCGGAUGAGUUCCCCACAGACAUUCCUGGCACCAAAGGCAACUUCAAACUGGUCCGACACGUCUCCUUUGUUGACUGCCCUGGUCACGACAUCUUGAUGGCCACCAUGUUGAACGGUGCUGCUGUGAUGGAUGCUGCCCUCCUUCUGAUUGCUGGUAAUGAGUCGUGCCCUCAGCCACAGACCUCGGAGCAUCUGGCCGCGAUUGAGAUCAUGAAGUUGAAACACAUUCUUAUCCUGCAGAAUAAGAUCGACUUGGUGAAGGAAAGCCAAGCCAAGGAGCAGUAUGAGCAGAUCCUGGCCUUUGUACAGGGCACAGUUGCAGAGGGGGCUCCCAUCAUCCCAAUCUCAGCACAGUUAAAAUAUAACAUAGAGGUGGUGUGUGAGUACAUAGUAAAGAAGAUCCCCGUGCCUGUCCGGGACUUUACCUCUGAGCCGAGGCUGAUCGUAAUCAGAUCGUUUGAUGUCAAUAAGCCUGGCUGUGAGGUGGAUGAUCUAAAAGGAGGUGUAGCUGGAGGCAGUAUCCUCAAAGGAGUUCUGAAGGUGGGACAGGAGAUCGAAGUCAGGCCUGGUAUUGUUUCUAAGGACCACGAAGGGAAACUCAUGUGCAAACCCAUUUUCUCCAAGAUCGUCUCGCUAUUCGCUGAGCACAAUGACCUCCAGUACGCUGCACCCGGUGGCCUGAUCGGUGUGGGGACCAAAAUCGACCCGACGCUGUGCCGAGCAGAUCGGAUGGUCGGGCAGGUCCUGGGAGCGGUUGGGGCUCUUCCAGAGAUUUUCACGGAGCUGGAGAUUUCCUACUUCCUUCUGAGGAGGCUGCUCGGUGUCCGCACAGAAGGCGAUAAGAAAGCAGCAAAGGUUCAGAAGCUGUCCAAGAACGAGGUGCUGAUGGUCAACAUCGGUUCUCUGUCCACGGGAGGCCGUGUGAGUGCAGUGAAGGCUGAUUUGGCCAAGAUCGUGCUCACCAACCCUGUCUGCACGGAGGUGGGGGAGAAGAUAGCUCUGAGUCGCAGAGUGGAGAAACAUUGGCGUCUGAUUGGCUGGGGUCAGAUCAGGAGGGGCGUGACCAUCACACCUACAGUGGACGACGACUGAGGAUUUCAGAUUGAAUGAAAAAUAAUUUGUGCUGCCCUCACAGCAGGGCAUAAAUAUAAAACCAUUUUUUCCACAUUAGUGCAGAGGGCAGUGCCGUCCCGCGGUCAGCGUGCAGGGAAGGAUCUCAUAAGACUGCACUGGCCCUGUGUUUUAAAGCUGUACACCAUCAUAAGUAGCAGGUCUUGUUUCAUUUCUACCGCAAUAUGGGAAGAAGCAUUGCAUUCCCAGGAUCUGAUGAAGCAGGUGUCAUGUUUCAGUAAUGACUAAUAAAAACAUUUUGGAUCAAAA